AAAAGUUACAAAAAUUCAUGACCAGAUGCCUGCCGGUACAAACCAGCUGAUGCAAAAUAACUUCAUCUUUUCUGUCCUGCCCUGCCACACGUAGGUUACUAGUAGUAGGGGUAGUAAACAGACACCCUCGCCAUAGACUGAUAGGUCUUCUGGUGUCUGUUCUUCCUAUGUAUUCCUAUGUAAAUAACCCAAUUGGCUUCCACAAGUGCCUCGAUCCUUGGCCAGCUUGAAGAGUUCUGCGUCCAGGCCGAGACGGUGAGCCUGGUGACUGUCCAGGAGGCAGACAGGGACAGACAGGGACAGACAGGGACGCAGUUUGGAGGCUGGAAUCACGCAGCGAACCUUUCCCCGUCACUACCCAGCCUCGGAUCGCCGCCCCUCGCGUGGGAAGCUCCAGAAAACAGCGACGGAACUUUUGAAACUCUCCGGCUUGUGACCCUUCGCGUCCCUCACUUGGGAGCAACAUUUCUCCCUUACGAGACGCUGCAGUAGUAAUUGUAAUAGUUAAGAGCCCCCUCCCCCAUUCACCCCCUCCCAUGUUCCUACUCUCCUCGCGGCUCUUAAUUAAGGUCGUGAGCUUAAGCGUCUCGGCGCCUCGGUUCGCCUGUAUGAAGAGCCUCUGGAACUGCUGGGAUUUCCAUGGAGUACUUUAUGACCCUAGUGAUCGUCUCACCCAAGGUAAAUAUAGUCUACCAAAAACAGGAAAACACCCCACAUGAAAACCUUCCCUGUGGCCGUGGGAAACAGCCGUAGUGGAGCAGGAGACGUGUAAGAGGCUCUCGUAGAGGUUGCCGGGAUUUCCAUGGAGUAUUUUGUGACCCUGGUGAUAGUUUUACGUGACUUCUUCGCCAGGAACAGGGAAAGCACCCAGGCCUUGUGCCUUGGGAAAUGUCGUAGCGGGAGCCCAAUGACCAUCUCGUAAUGUUGGUGACAGCCUGACACAACUUCUUGGCCAGGAUCACAGGAAAACACUCCCCGUGAACACCCGGUCAAUCUUCUCUGUGGUCUGCCAGCUUGUUCAUGAAAUGGAAAUUGUAGCGGAGGAAUUGUAGCUUUCCUGGUGGCUUCGGAUUGGUAGUGGCUGUUUAACUUAGAAAAAUGCAGUAGAUUUAGGGAAAGAUAUCUCGUAACCACUGUUUUCACCCUAAUGUUUUGUUAGUUUUGCUUUUCCUGGAGUCAUAAGUGGGGUUAGGUGCAAUGUUUUAAGUGGAAAUUGUAGUGGAGGAGUUGCAGUUCCUCCAGUGGCUUUGGUUUUGUAGUAGCUGUUGUACUUCUUAGAAAAAUGUAGUUGAAGUUAUGGAAAGAUAUCUUGCCACAACUUUCUUUCAUCAUAAUGUUUUGUUAGUUUUACUUUUCCUGUAGUUAUAAGUGGUGGUAGGAGGAAUGCCAUAAGUGGAAGUUGUAGUGGAGAAGUUGUAGUUUCUUGUGGUAGUUCCGGUUUGGUAGUAAGUGUUGUACUUACGUAGAAAAGUUAAGUUAGAUUUAGGGAAAAGUAUGUCAGAACUACUUUUUUUUCAUCAGUAGUGUUUACGUUUUCAGUGAUUGUGAAGUUAUAAGUGGUGUUAGAUGCAAUGUCUUAAGUGAAAGUUGUAGUGGAGGAGUUGUAAUUUCUUGUGGUAGCUUCAGUUUGAUAGUCAGUGUUGUAGUUACUUAGAAAAAUCCACUUAAAGUUAGGGGAAAGAGUGUGAACUACAUUUUUGUCAUCAUUAGUGUUUACAUUUUCAGUGAUUGUGAAGUUAUAAGUGGUGUUAGAAGCAAUGUCUUAAGUAAAUAAUGUAGUGGAGGAGUUGUAGUGCUUUUGUGGUGCUUUGUAUUCUAUUGUAGUGGUUGUAGUUACUUAGAAAAAUGCAGUUGAACUUAUGGGAAGAUACCUGGCAACUACUUUUUUCACCUAUAAUGAUUUGUUUGUUUUGUGUUUUCUGAAGUUAUAAUUGGGGUUAGAUGCAAUGUUUUAUGUGUUACUUGUAGUGGAGGAUUUGUAGUGUCUUGUGGUGGCUUCAGAUUUAUAGUAGUACUUGUAGUUACUUAGAAAAAUGCAGUUGAAGUUAAUGAAAGAUAUCUCACCACCAAAUCUUUAAUCACAAUGUUUCGGUAGUUUUGCUCUUCCUGGAGUUAUUAUUGGUGUUUGGUGCAAUCUCUUAAAUGGAAGUUGUAGUGGUGGAGUUGUAGUUUUUUGUGGUUGUUUACAUUCUAUUGUAGUGGUUGUAGUUACUUAGAAAAAUGCAGUUAAAGUAAAGGGAAGAUACCUGACAACCACUUCAUUCACCUAUAAUGUUGUGAUAGUUUUGCUUCUCCUGGUGUUGUAGGUGGUGUUAGGAGCAAUGUUUUUAGUGGGGGUUAUUGUGGAGGAGUUGUAGUGUUUUGUGGUGGUUUUGGAUUGGUUGUAGCUCUUGUACUUACUUAGAAAAAAUGCGGUUGAAUUUAGGGGAAAGUAUCUCAGAACUACUUUUUUUCAUCAAUAGUGUUUACAUUUUCAGUGAUUGUGAAGAUGUAGAUUGUGUUAGGAGUAAAGUCUUUAGUGGGUCUUGUAGUGAAGGAGUUGAAGUUUUUUGUGGUGGUUUGUAUUUUAUUGUCGUUGUUGUAGUUACUUAGAAAAAUGCCAUUAAAGUUAAGGGGAGAUUCUUGACAACCACUCUUUUUGCCUAUAAUGAUUUGUUAGUUUUGCUUCUCCUGGAGUUAUAGUUGGUUUUAGGAGCAAUGUCUUUAGUGGGAGUUGUAGUGGAGAAGUUGUAGUUUUUUGUGAUGGUUUGUAUUCUAUUGUAGUGGUUGUAGUUAAUUAGAAAAAUGCAGUUAAAUUUGGGGGAAAUAUCUCGGAAGUACAUUUUUUUCAUCAAUAGUAUUUACAUUUCCAGUGAUUGUGCAGUUGUAGGUUGUGUUAGGAGUAAAGUCUUUAGUGGGAGUUGUAGUGGAGGAGUUGUAGUUUUUUUGUGGUGGCUUCGGGUUUGUAGUAGCACUUGUAGUUACUUAGAAAAACAGUUAAAUUUAGGUGGAGAUUUCAGACAACCACUUUUUUGACUCAUAAUGUUUUGUUAGUUUUGCGUUUCCUGAAGUUAUAAAUGGUGUUAGGUGCAAUGCACACCAAUACCACAUGGGGAUAUCCCUUCACUGGUAGCCUGGUAACAUACACUCCCAGGUCUUUCUCUGCCUCUGUGGUGGAUAGUGGAGUGUUUCCCAUGUGGUAUUGGUGUGCUGGAUAUCCCUUCACUGGUAGCCUGGUAACAUACACUCCCAGGUCUUUCUCUGCCUCUGUGGUGGAUAGUGGAGUGUUUCCCAUGUGGUAUUGGUGUGCUGGAUAUCCCUUCACUGGUAGCCUGGUAACAUACACUCCCAGGUCUUUCUCUGCCUCUGUGGUGGAUAGUGGAGUGUUUCCCAUGUGGUAUUGGUGUGCUGGAUAUCCCUUCACUGGUAGCCUGGUAACAUACACUCCCAGGUCUUUCUCUGCCUCUGUGGUGGAUAGUGGAGUGUUUCCCAUGUGGUAUUGGUGUGCUGGAUAUCCCUUCACUGGUAGCCUGGUAACAUACACUCCCAGGUCUUUCUCUGCCUCUGUGGUGGAUAGUGGAGUGUUUCCCAUGUGGUAUUGGUGUGCUGGAUAUCCCUUCACUGGUAGCCUGGUAACAUACACUCCCAGGUCUUUCUCUGCCUCUGUGGUGGAUAGUGGAGUGUUUCCCAUGUGGUAUUGGUGUGCUGGAUAUCCCUUCACUGGUAGCCUGGUAACAUACACUGCCAGGUCUUUCUCUGCCUCUGUGGUGGAUAGUGGAGUGUUUCCCAUGUGGUAUUGGUGUGCAGGAUAUCCCUUCACUGGUAGCCUGGUAACAUACACUCCCAGGUCUUUCUCUGCCUCUGUGGUGGAUAGUGGAGUGUUUCCCAUGUGGUAUUGGUGUGCUGGAUAUCCCUUCACUGGUAGCCUGGUAACAUACACUCCCAGGUCUUUCUCUGUGGUGGAUAGUGGAGUGUUUCCCAUGUGGUAUUGGUGUGCUGGAUAUCCCUUCACUGGUAGCCUGGUAACAUACACUCCCAGGUCUUUCUCUGCCUCUGUGGUGGAUAGUGGAGUGUUUCCCAUGUGGUAUUGGUGUGCUGGAUAUCCCUUCACUGGUAGCCUGGUAACAUACACUCCCAGGUCUUUCUCUGUGGUGGAUAGUGGAGUGUUUCCCAUGUGGUAUUGGUGUGCUGGAUAUCCCUUCACUGGUAGCCUGGUAACAUAUACUCCACAACUUUCUACUCAUGCUCAUCCCUAUACUGUCCAAACCCCUUAUGCAAGAGUUAACCAGCAUCUUCACUCUUUCAUCCCUCACGCUGGUAAACUCUGGAACAAUCUUCCUUCAUCUGUAUUUCCUCCUGCCUACGACUUGAACUCUUUCAAGAGGAGGGUAUCAGGACACCUCUCCUCCCGAAACUGACCUCUGAUUUUGGACACUCCUUUAACCUCUGUUCGGGAGCAGUGAGUAGCGGGCUUUUUUUAUUCUUUUCUUUGUGCCCUUGAGCUGUCUCCUUAGCUGUAAAAAAAAUAAAUAAAUAAAAAAAAUUAGUUAUAUACUUUUAAGACUUGCCCGGAGAUGUGAUCCCUAUGGCUUUCCUUCCAUCUAAAGUCUCCAUCAGCCUCAACAGUUCCCCUUUCUCAACCUUUACAUAAUUUAGCUUCUCUUCAGUAUGGUUUUCGAGCCCCUGUCAAAGUCGGUCUCUUUCGUAAACACUUUAUGAACAUUUUUAUUUUAAUAUUUCUGGAAUUUCUUCGUCCUUCUCGUAGAAUACACUUUUUUCUUUAAGUGUUUCCGCUCCGGCAUUUAUUUCUAACUUCCUUUUCCUUCCCUUCCUUCCUUUCCUUUCCCUUCCUUCCUUCCUUUCCUUUCCUUUCCCUUCCUUCCUUUUCUUUCCUUUCCUUUCCCUCCUUCCUACCUUCCUUUCCCUUCCCUUCCUUUUCUUUCCUUUCCCUUUCCCUUCCCUUCCCUUCCCUUUCCUUACCUUCAUUAACCUUCCCCUUCCUUCCUUCCUUCCCUUCCUUUCCCUCCUUCCUACCUUCCUUUCCCUUCCCUUCCUUUUCUUUCCUUUCCUUUCUCUCCCUUCCUUCUUUUCCCUUUCCCUUCCCUUCCCUUUCCUUACCUUCAUUAACCUUCCCCUUCCUUCCUUCCUUCCCUUCCUUUCCCUCCCUCCCUUCCCUUCCCUUCCAUUUAUGAAUUUGUAAAACAUUUUUGGUUCUUCCUCACAACUAAAAACUAAUCUUCUUUCAAAUUUAGCUUCCUCUUCUCUCCUUUUUUUCACAUAUUCAUUUCUUUCUUUUUUUAUAUUUGUCUCGGUUAUUCUUAUUUGGUCUUGUCUUUAAAUUCAAUAUCAAUCCUCCUCUUCAUAUCAGUCCAAUCUACCCCAGCGAAGAAACUCUUGAGUCCAAUGUAAUCUGCCUUUGCGGAAUUUUCAAUCCUUACUUUUCAUCUGUGUGUGUGUGUGUGUGUGUGUGUGUGUGUGUGUGUGUGUGUGUGUGUGUGUGUGUGUGUGUGUGUUUCAAUCUGACUGUGUGUGUGUGUUUAUUUGCAUUUUCUGAAGCUGUGUGUGUGUGUGUGUGUGUGUUUCAAUCUGACUGUGUGUGUGUUUAUUUGCAUUUUCUGAAGCUGUGUGUGUGUGUGUGUGUGUGUGUGUGUGUGUGUGUGUGUGUGUGUGUGUGUGUGUGUGUGUGUGUUUCAAUCUGACUGUGUGUGUGUUUAUUUGCAUUUUCUGAAGCUGUGUGUGUGUGUGUGUGUGUGUGUGUGUGUGUGUGUGUGUGUGUGUGUGUGUGUGUUUAUUUGCAUUUUCUGAAGCUGUGUGUGUGUGUGUGUGUGUGUGUGUGUGUGUGUGUGUGUGUGUGUGUGUGUGUGUGUGUGUGUGUGUCCAUCUGUAUGAGUGUGUGUGUGUGUGUGUGUGUGUGUGUGUGUGUGUGUGUUAAGAAGCUGUACAAACAGUAAAUUGAUUCAUUGGGUUUCCAACAGCGUGAUGUAAUAGACGUGUAAAUACCAGCAGCCAAGUAUUGGGGGAGCCAAGGCCCCGGGCGCGCGGUUUUUGGUGCGCCAAAAUUUCUCCAGUUGAGUCAAAGUGUGAUUUUAGCAGGGCCCGUGAGAGGGGGGUGAAGCUGGUAUCUUUACACCAGGGCCCGGUCUCAAAGGGGGCCCGGCCUCAAAGGGGGCCAGUCACCCGACCAGGAGGGAAAAAAAUGGGAGAGUAAAUGGUAGGGGCCCAAUGACACUCAUAGUACCAGGGCCCAGUGAUGGCUCUCCCUGGCCCUGGAUUUUAGCUGCGCUGUUCCUAUAAAGUACACACCUUUGAGGUCGCUGGUGUUCCACGGCCUGACAUUUGAUGCUACUUUUACCGAGGACUAUAUGAUCACCAAAUCACUGUACUGCCCCAGGUGCCAAAUUUUAAAGAUUCGCCACUGGUAAAUACAUUUCUUCUCAUAGAAUUUCCUGUUUUACUCCAAUCCAUGUGUGUGUGUGUGUGUGUGUGUGUGUGUGUGUGUGUGUGUGUGUGUUACUCCCCUGUGCACUGAGGCAAUGAUCCACAGCCUAAAACAGCUAGGAAAUGUGUUAAGGAUGAAAUAGGAUGCUCGGAAACGGUAGUUUGAAUUUUACGCUGAAAGAUCCAUCCUGCCGGGGGGGACUUGGAAUGGACGGGGCAGCUCGGGGCAGACUGUCAGGGGUGGAGGAAAGAAUAGGAAGGGAAGGGAAAGGAGAGGAAGGGAAAGGAGAGGAAGGGAAAGGAAGGGACAGAAAGGAAAUGGAAAGGAAGGGAAGGGAAAGGAAGGAAGGGAAGGGAAGGGAAGGGAGGGGAGGGGAAGGGAAGGGAAGGGAAGGGAAGGUAAGGGAAAGGAAGGGAAAGGAAAGGAAAGAAAAGGAAGGGAAAUAACAACAACAACAACAACAGGAUGCUAAUGAGUCUGUUUGUCCACAGCUCCGGAAAACAUCGAAAGGAAGAACCAAAGGAAGGAAGGAAGACCAUCUCAGAAGACCCCAGAGUCAGCCCCUACAGGCCAUCAUAGUCCAAGAAAUAGCUGAAGGAAGUCCCGAGUCCAAGCAACCUUCCUUUCUUUCUGAUUCAAGUCGUCUUUACCUUCAGCAAGGGGGCAAAGCGACCAUGGACCUCUCCCUUCCCUUCCUUUUCUUUCCCUUCCCUUCCUUCCUUCCUUCCUCCCUUUCCCUUCCCUUCCCUUCCUGUCCCUUCCCCUCCCUGUCAUCAGCCACACUGUGUCUGCCAUCCAUGUCUUGCAGCAGGCCAGCCAUUUUGACUUGAUCUUCUUCCUUCCAAGCAAGCAGUCACUCUCCUCCUCAGCACAUGACCCAGAAGCUUCACUUGUCCUAUGCUUUUCAUCAAGUGCCUGGCUGUCUGCUGCUGCUCUUUGUCAUAGAGUUAAGUUGUCAUUAUCUUAGUUAGUUAGUUAGUUAGAGGUCCAGAUAAUUGUUGUAUGGGCAAGACUCCUUCCCUCCCUCUCCUUCCCUCCCUUCCUCUCCCUCUCCCCCAAGUUCCCAGUCUGCAGAGGUCCAGAUAAUUGUUGUAUGGGCAAGACUCCUGUCCCUCCCUCUCCUUCCCUCCCUUCCUCUCCCUCUCCCCCAAGUUCCCAGUCUGUGGAGGUCCAGAUAAUUGUUGUAUGGGCAAGACUCCUGUCCCUCCCUCUCCUUCCCUCCCUUCCUCUCCCUCUCCCCCAAGUUCCCAGUCUGUGGAGGUCCAGAUAAUUGUUGUAAGGGCAAGACUCCUGUCCCUCCCUCCCUCUCCCUUCCUUUCCAGUCUUUCUCUCUUGUUCCAUUAUUUAUUUUCUCUCCCUCCCUCUUUCUUUGCUCUCUCCCUUCUUUCAUCUCCUCUCCCUUCAGCCGUAUUAUCGUCUUCCUUCUAAUCCAUAGCAUUUUUUCUCUCCCUUUUACAUCUGGUUUAUUUCCCUCUCUCUCUCUCCCUCUCUCUCUCUCUCUCUCUCUCUCUCUCUCUCUCUCUCUUCAAACCCAUUGGAAUAACAAUAAUAAUAACACACACUACAAGUCCAUCUUUAUUUAUCAACAGCACACACACACACACACACACACACACACACACACACACACACACAGGGGAGGUCAUGUGGCUAUCUAUGGUGUGGGUUGGGUUGCUGUCUAAGAGGGCAUGUGUCUGUAGGGUUAUAAACAUCCUGUAGGGUGACAUCCUGUUGACCUUGUGACCUGAGACAGAGAGGGGGGGGGGGGGGGUCCUUUUAUGUGUCUGGGGGGUAUGUGGCGGUGGGGAG